GUUAAGGGAUUUGGCAUUUAAUGGACCUUGCUUUUGAUGCCAUGAAAGGGAGUUGAGGACCCUGACGUGUGUUCUUUUGUGCUUUGAGACUGUGUUAGGCCUCCACAUUACUUUGACUAAAAGUGAGAUGAUUUUGGUGGGUUGUAUGAACAACUUUUGGGGUAUUUGGCUACUUCCUGUGGGUGUAGUGUCGAGUCUCUACCCUUGUCCUAUAUAGGGCUAGCCAUAGCUUCAAACCUAGCCCAAAUCUAUGUAGAAUGUUGUGUUGGUGAGAAUUAAGAUAAAACUUGCUACAAUGGAAGGGUUAAUAUUUGUUAAAAGCCGGGAAGCUCUCCUUUAUAAAAGCACCAUCUGUUCUCUACCUUUGCAUAAUUGUUUGUCUCUUGGUGAUCCUAUGGAUGAUACAAAUGUUGGUGUGGAGUGCAAGCCUCCUAGGUUGAUGCGUGGAUUGGGGAUUGAGAAUCUUAAAUUCAUUGACAAUGCCCUUCAAUAAGUUUCCUUCGAGGCUGAUUAUAGAAGGGGUAGCAUUUUAUUAGUCUGGUGGUGGUUUAGUAUGGUAGUUUGUGGGUUGGGUGGUAUUUGGUGCCUUUUCUUGUCCUAUUGGGUGGUGGCAUCACAGAGGGGUGUUGAGGGAUUGAAAGUUUGAGCAGACUUUUUUUAAAUUUUUGUUUUGAAGGUGGUAACUGUUUAAGAUUAUAUUUUUGGUGGAAUUUUCAUUUUAAAAUUGGUAAUUGUUUUAGGUCUAGAUUUUGGUUAAAUAGUGCAGAAAUUUUACAAAGAAUAACUUUUUUUUUUGUAUUCAUCAAAGUGAACGAUAUAUAUACAAAAUACAUCCUUUCUAGUUUACUAUUAUGUACACUAAAAUAGGAAGUUACAUCUACACUAUUUAGGAAACCUACAGCUAACUUUGAGAGAUUGAUUUAUUCUCUCUACUCAAACAAGGAAAUAAGUUGACUUUAUCACAAAAAAAAAAAAUAGUAAACUAAGAAAAUAGGAAACAGAAUAAUCAGUCGGCUAAUGACUGAUAUUGCUUGAAAUCUCCACGCUCCCCUUCAAGCUGGGUUGAAUAUGUUGUUUAGACUAAGGUUGCAAUUCAAAUCUUCAAAUAUUUUCUUCAGCAAGGCUUUAGUGAGUAUGUCUGCGACUUGACUAUUGGUAGGUGUAUAAAUAAGUUGAAAUACCCCUUCUUACGACGUCUCUUUGAUGAAAUGUCGAUCAAAUUCCAUAUGUUUUGUUCGUUCAUGAUGAACUAGAUACUUUGCAAUGCUAAUACUAGAUUGGUUGUUACACAGUACUUUCAUUAGUUUUGCAAUACUCAUCUUCAUAUCUUGUAGUAAUCUUCUCAACCAUAUUCCUUUACAAAAUUCUUGAGCCAUAGCUCUGAAUUCAGCUUCCGCACUAUUUUGAGAGACCACAGAUUGUUUUUUACUGUGCCAAGUAACUAGAUUUCCCCACACAUAUGAACAGUACCCGGAGGUUGACCUCCUGUCUAGAACUGAACUAGCUCAGCCUACAUCACUGUAUACUUCCACAUCUCUGUUUGCAGUUUUUCUGAACAUUAAUCCCUUGCAUGGAGUUAAUUUUAGAUACCUUAGAAUGCAAUACACUGCUUCCAUGUGUUCUUCUUUAGGAUUCAUGAAUUGGUUCACUAUACUAACAGAUGAGUGGAGGCAUUAUGGGCCACUGGGAGCAACGAUAGUAAUAUAAAAAAAAUAAUUACCCAUUUCUCUUCAAGUUUAAACUUUCAGAUGAGCUUUUGGCUAACAAUCUAACAUGGUAGUAGAAUAGGCUAGAAGUUAUGAGUUUGAACAAUAUGUGAAUCCAAUUUUGUACGGCUUGUACAUAUUGUACCAGAAACACUUUGAUACAAAAAUAUUGUCAUUCAGUUUCAGUUAAGAUAUCAGUUAAGGUACCAGCCAAUGUCAUAAUGGUGUUCACUUAUUGCUGGUACCACAUAGGUAUAAGGACACAAAGUGCAUCACUUCCAUGUAACGAGGACACUGCUUCCAUGUAACAAAGGAGGGACUCUGUUCUGAACAUUCCCUAUUACGAGGGCACAAUGUCCUUUCCUUGUUACAGGGGCAUUGCAUUCCUAUAAUAAGGUUGCAGGCAAAGAGAAGAAAUUAUCUUCUCUUCUUCUCUUUACAAAAACAACAAAUCAAAGCCAUAAUCUCAUUAGGUAAGAUUGAUUAUAUGUCAAAAGAGUCUAUCUUUUGAAUCAUUUCUACCCAGAGAUAGGCUUUUCUUUUAUCACAUAAUACUGUUCUCCUCAAGGCAUUACCUUUUUUGAUGCAUUGCUUCUUAUAAGAAAACUUUUAUUUACUAAAAAAGGUGGCAUGGACAGAGUCAAAGUAGCUUUAAUCAGUCCAGACUGAAUUUCUGGCCUCCAAGUUUGUGGAAGCCUUUAAUGGUGGUCCAAAACUUUUUUUGUUAAUCAGGAGAUAAUUUCAAUGUACCCUCUUUUAUCCCCACCAAACCUUACCCCAGGACAAUCUAAUCGAGUUUGUAAUGCACUUGCUCUUCUCCAGUCUGUCGCCUCACACCCAGAAACGAGAAUGCCAUUCCUCAGUGCACAAAUUCCUUUAUAUGUGUACCCUUUCCUUAAGAUAACCAGCAAUUCAAGGCCAUUUGAGUAUUUAAGGCUUAAUUCCUUGGGCAUCAUUGGUGCAUUGGUGAAGGUUGAUGAUACAGAGGUCAUCAGUUUCCUUCUCUCUACAGAAAUAAUUCCUCUAUGCCUAAAGAGUAUGCAGAUGGGCAGUGAACUAUCAAAAACAGUUGCUACAUUUAUUCUUCAAAAAAUUUUGUCGGACGAUGUGGGCUUGGAUUAUAUAUGUAUGACAGCGGAGCGGUUUUACGCUGUAGCUCAAGUCUUGGGAAAUAUGGUGACUGCACUUGCUGAACAACCCUCGUCACGCCUGCUAAAACAUAUUAUUCGCUGUUAUCUUCGGCUAUCUGACAACCGGAGGGCUUGUGAUGCACUGACUAGCUGCCUGCCAGACAUGCUGAGGGAUGGCACCUUCAGUGCUGCCCUUCAGGAAGAUGCAACAACAACGAGGUGGUUACAGCAAUUGCUUGACAAAGUCGAGGGACGUCGGGUUGCACUGCAAGCUAGAAGGGAAUUUGACCAUAUGCGAAUGAACUAAUGUUAAAGUGACAUGCAAGUGGUAUCGAAACUCUCUUUUGUCGCCCUUUGGGCUUUAGUAUUAUGUCUUAAUUAUGUUGUGUUAUUGAGGUAUUUUCUUAGUAAUUACUUGGAUCAAUAGUCUUGGACUGGUGGAAUGAAGACAUCUCUUGACUCUAGUCUAGUUUAACUGUGGCCAAUUGUUAUUUCUUUUUUAUGCUUUCCUACUUUAUUUGUUGGAGCUUCUUGUAGUUUCUAAGAGGGAAAAUGGUGCUUGUAUGGUGUGUUUUAUUGAACCAUUG